AUGUGUAAGAUUGUAAACAGGGAGUGUGAGGCUAUCUGUCGACCUUCCUCCAGAAGCUUGUUUCGAGACUCCUCGUAUGAGGCGAUGUUGUCCUUCACUAUCAGCAGAACAGCUCAGGAUCUACAGACACAUACACCUACUCUCUGGAAACUGCUAAGGGCAGCCAUCAGCCAUGAUUCCAGCAUGAUGGAAAGAAGUAGCAGACAUAUUGCACAUGCAGUGAUGGCUUCAUCAUGUCUUUUGAAAGCUCGAAACAGAUACAUGUCGUCUGUGCAAUCUGUUGUCAGUGUUGUCCUGUUCAACUCAGGAGCCAAGAAAAGAGCUUACAACAGACUGAAUCAUUUGGGAAUCUCCAUGUCACACAAGAGGACUUUAAGAAAGAUUAGAGCAAUGGCCAAGAACUAUAACUCUGUCAUGCUGUCUUGGAAGGCGAGCAUAGAGAGCCAUGUUGCAAUACAGUCCUCCAUUCCAGAGGUUCGAUCUGUUGCAGGUUCUUUACCUGUUGCUACCUGUGUCUUGCCUGCUUUUGACAAGACAAAUUCUGACUUGAAUAGUUCUGAGAAUUCUCUGUCUUCUUCGUCAUCUUCACAUAGCGUGGAAACAGAGGAGGGCAAUGAUGAGAUGCAAGACCUGUCACAGAAAAGCUUUCAAGUCACAGGAGACAAUCUAGACAUUUCAAUUAAGACAAAGUACAUGUCCAUUGAUCGACGAAACAAGUCAUUGCACUGGUUUAAUGUUAUUGCUAGCAAUGAACGUGUCAUCAAUGCUGACCUGGCAACAUCAAGACCUAGGUGUUCAAUUUUGUCUGUCCCGGACACUGCUUUCCUGCCAUCAGUGCAAGAGAAUGAGAAGCUUCAUGAGGAAUUCGCAAUUUUGGUGGAGAGGAUCUUGGUCAAAUAUUUGCCUGCUUUUGCUCUCUUUGAAAACUACGUGUGUAAGCACAUCAUGCACAAGUUUUCCAAGGAAGCAAGCCAACAGUCUGAACAGCAUUGUCUGGGUCUCCUUCAGUUUGAUGAAAACAAAGACAUGCUUCAAAUUUUGACACAUAUCAGCAAAAUGUAUGUCCCUCAUUUUUAUAAAGAUCAGCGAGAAGAACGUAUUCCAGAAGCACCUUUGCAUCGAGUACAGUUUGGAGGUGAUCAGCUGACUGCUGAAAGAAUCAGGAAUUGUCAAAAAGCCAUCAUUAAUGGAUCAAGCCCAUUUGAGAGACUGGAAGGUGUCUUUACCCAUGCAGAAGAUUUCCAUUGCAUGAUGAAUUUUGUGAAUCUCAUCUUUGCGAAGUUCUAUGACUCUCGUAGCAUGAAGGAUGUGGGAACUAUGUAUCAACUACGAAACCAACUUGACAGGAGGGAUGUCGGGAAGGACACCACUAAACGCUAUAGAUCUUGCAAUGCAUUUUUGAAUGAUGUGCUUGAUGGUUAUAUUGUAGCUUGUGCUGUGGUCCAUUUUAACAUGCGAGAUGUGGAAGACAUUGCUGCUCCCCCAGGAAUGCCAAAGAGUUCAGAAGCUGCCUGGUUCCACGAGGAAGUGCUAAGGUUGGUUGAUCACUAUGUGCUGCAGUGGACAGAAGCUAGUCAUGAUAGAGGUAGAUUCCUGGAAUCCAUUCAGACAGUAGAGCGAGGUAGUGCAGUGGCUGUUGUUGCUGAUGGUCAUGUUGUUGAUUUUGAGAACACAAGCAUCCCAGUGAGUGUUCAGUGUAGCACUUCAGAUCAUCCAGCUUCAGAAGCCUGUUCUGUUGUUCAGUCAUCAAAUUCAACAACAUUUCAACAAGUGCAGGAUGAUGACUACAGAAGUGGACUUUGGGCACUUUUGAGUAGAUUGAGGUCAUUGCAGCAACCGCAAGGUAUUGAACACCAGGUACAUGCUCAGCCAAGAGCUGUAACCCUUCCAGCCAGGGAUAUGUGGCAGUCACAGCAGCAGCAGCAACAACAACAACAGCAGCAGCAGCAACAACAACAACAGCAGGAGCAGCAACAACAACAACAGCAACAACAACAACAACUAGAAAGAGUAACAUCUUGGUUUUGUAGAGAACCUGGAUGCAAUGCAGUGUUUAGCUCCAUCGAUGCACGACAAGCACAUGAACUCCAACUACACUUUGUCUCCAUCUCUGAAUCAUCAGAUUCAGUUGAGAGAGCUGCAGCAGCAGACGGUAAUCAAUCCUUUACUCCUGAGGACCAUAUAUUUAAUUACUACUCAAAUUUUAUGAAAAUGGCCUUACUGGAAAGGAAUUUCCAAGAUGCUGUUGGAGAAAUGGAUGGUGAAAGACUGUAUCGCUUAUGGAAAUUUAAAAUGCUUCAUUUUAAGGAGGCUGGCAGAACAAAGUAUGGCUUAGAAGCAUUUUAUUUUGUAGCAGAUCAGCUUUCACUGCUUAGCCCACACGAGGCCCAUCGCCAACUGUGGAACAGAGGCUUUAACCUUCGAGGUGGUGCUGGUAACAACGUUCCGUUAGACUUGAUGGUUGAACACAACAAUAACACCAUCAAAGAAUUGAUCUUCAACCAGGGUGCUAACGUAUCCUUUGAAUCUGCACAGCUGGUAAGCCAGGCCUCACAAGGCAUAGAAGCUGUGCUGGAUAAUCUGGAUGUUUCACUUGAAGUUGGCAAAGAAUCUAGCAAACAUGCCAGAGUGGACAAACAGAAGGAUGUUUUUAGAAUAGCUCAGGAGGUUCUACACCAAAAGAUGGGUGUGUAUUGUCCUGGACGUUCCUAUAAAUCAUUUAUGGGGAUGGAGCGUGAUGUCUUGCAUAAACUGAAGCCAUCAUCACUGCUCUCUUGGAUCAGAACUCAAAAGCGGAAGCUACAUAUGCAAGAGGUGGUUCACUCUCCAUCUGCUUUCUGAUAAAUGUAUAGUAAAUAUUAUUUAAGUAUACUUAUUAUGUUUCGGUUGAUGUCAGUCUAGCUCGAUCUACUCAUUCAUUUACUUUUAGGAUUAAUUUCUAAAGUGAAUUGGAGGGCCUUGCAAUCACUAGUUGGCAUGCAGUGCUAUGAGUUUUAAGUUUACAUUGUUUCAUGGUCUUUCUAAUAUGAUCACUGCUACAUUUGAUCAUGUUGCCUUAGAGUUAUAUUUGCACAUAAUGUUUGGUAGUUGCUUCUUGUCUAGAAGGUGUAGUUGAAAUACAAAUCCAUGUAGAUGCAGUAGUUGUGAUGUAGGGAUUGGCAGUUGUAUGUAACAA